UAUUAAUUGAAAGCGGAAGAGAGGGCCAGAACCUGUUUUCGAGGAUAGCCCGCCCAUGGAGUUGCCGGCAAAAAGGACACCGAAGCAUACACCGAGGAGAGGGAUCCUUAAACCGGCGAAGCUUACACCAAGGUUGACCCGCUCGAAGACCAAGGCAAAAGUUAGACUCUCCCCAGCAACGAAGGACAAAAUCACGUCAGCAGUGAAUCGGAAGAUCCCUGCCACCACGGGCAAGAUUGGUCGGUACAAGCUCAGGGAGGAGGUGAUGCGACUGCUCAAGGAUCAUGAAGCGAUCACUCUACAGAACCUUUGCUUUGAGGAAGGGAUUCAGUAUAGAGGUAAGAUCGAUGCGAUCUUUGAUUUGGCACAGCAUAGGGCUUACACCGCCUAUGGUACCGACAACGAAGACGAUGGACAAGUUGAGAGUAAGCAGGAUAUUGACGAUGUCGGGGGAACGAAAGUUGUUGAAGGCAACAAGGGAGUUGCCGAGGAUGUUGACGAGUGAUGCGUUUUCGGUAUAUCCGAGUAUUGGAGGCUUUGCCAAA